CAGGAACUACAAGCUGCGCUUUCGUUCUAUAGGCAGGCUUCAGCUUUUCGUUGUCGUAAUGCCAUGUGCGCAAGUUCUUUCGUCAACUGUAACUGACUUGAAUGCAUACCAGAAGUUGAUGUCCGAUAUAUUUUCCCAGGCUCUCGUCAUCCUUUGAUGAGUUGAUCCCACGCACUACCCGCACACCUCGGAACUGAUAGUUUAAAUAACUGUCAAGAAUAGGAGGAGCAAGUUCCACAGCUUCCUUGAGAACAUAGCGCACACGACCAUCGUUUCUAGUUGUAGUCAGCCUUGAAGAGUUGGAGUUCAUUCCUUCGCCUGUAGGAUUGCGAGCGCAACUGUAUCUCUUGUUUAUUGCGGUCUUCUUGUACAUUAGCUUUUUUCGUGAACAAGCAGGAUGUCGACCAGUCAAGUUGGACUGCCGUACAAAGGCCGGUCCCUGGCAGUGAGCUCCACGGUUCGCAGAGCGCCGAAGUUUUCCUUCGGCUCCGCUACUUCAGGACUGACCAAGCUGCUCGCAAAAAGCGCCGCAGACGUCCCAGGGCCUGGCGCUUAUGAGCCUGAAGGGUCACGCGACGGCCGCAAGAGGACAGCACAGGCGUACGCUAUACUUUAAAUUCAUAAUAUUUUUGCUGGGGGGCAUCUUCACGUGCCCAAAUACUUAUAUUCUCUCUGCAGUUUUCAGACCUGCUAUGCUUUUGUUUGUGACACAAUCGAUUGCUUCCUUGUGUGCCUCGAUGAAAUUCAAUUUCAAAUCCAUUUUUCGGUUAAGCAGAGAAAACCAAACAAUCAAAAUCGAGUUUGCGUGUUUUCCUCCUCAUCACAGGUUUUCCUUCCGCCCGAAACCACGCUCAUUGCAGUCGAACACAAACGCCGUUGUUGGUCCGGGCAGCUACGACCCCAGCGAUAAGCUUUCGAAACCAGCAUCAAGGUAUAACUUAUGUGUAAAAGAAACACAAACACGACAUAGGCCGGAAAGUUAAAAUUUUUGCUUCCACUCUCUCGUGAAGAUGUGAAGAAUGAAGUAAAGAGUUUGCUGCAAGAGCCCCGGCACUUUAAUGAAAAUAUGAUGAAAAAUUUAUUACAGUCGCGGCGGCUUUUCGCAUGCGCGGCGGUCCGCGGGACCGUCAUCCUUCAAGAGCUUCCAGCCCGGUCCUGGAGCGUACGAUACGCGCGCAGACAUGACAAAGCAAGGGCUGCAGUUCAGCUUUCGGCGUAAACCUGCCGCUAUGGAUCCAACACGAGGCACGCCUGGACCAGGUGCCUACGAGGCGCCGGCAUCCGCAGCCUCCAAUUCGUAUCUAGAAAAUUAUGUUUUUCGAUUUGAUUUUCAUUUUAGCGUUCCACCGGACCACGAACAACACUGCUCAUUCAGUACAGCAUUUUAUUUUUCUUUGCAACUUUGACUUUUGUUCAUUUUGCUAUACACCAAUGAAUGCCUUUCUACACCAACUCAGCGCGACGGCAAGGUCGGUGCAUGGGAUCGCGAAGCACUCCAGCCGAGCAGUGAAGUUUUCCGGGAGCCAGCGGAAUCUAGCGCCCUUCCGCAACGAGAACCCGGGUCCAGGUGCGUAUGACCACGCGGCUGGCACCUCAGUCAGCGCGAGACAACCCCCAGCCUAUUCGAUCCGCGGGGGCGGACGGCCAAAACUCAUACGCAUCGCAAAUAUGUCUGGGUCUGGCAAGCUGUGUUGCUGAAUGGUCAUGAUUGAGUGCCGCGCCUCUAAGUGCAGCGACGCAUGACAAAUCUCUCGAACGCUUCCUAAUGCGUAGUGCGCACUACAAACUGCGAUCUUGUAUGACGAAAGAGUGGCACUCUUGCUGCAUAUGCGCAGCACAGAUGUUUCACGAAUGCAAGACACACAAUACAGGCACAACCUUUCCAGACCCAGACAUAUUUGCAUUUGAUAACUCAAGCGGCCUGACAAUCCGGGACCCGGUGCGUACGAUGCAGCGUACACGCAGUUCUCGUGAUUUUGUAACAGCUUUUUGUUUGACUCUUGUAAGAGAAUGUUUGAAAUUAGACUUUUAGGCAACUGCACUUCAGAGUUCUUUGAAAUGGUACAACAUGGACGAUCGAUGCAUUUCGAACAUCCAGAUGCAAGUACUUAUUCACAUCAAUGAGAGCCGCCCCCUUCGGUUCUUGUUACUAGCCCGUACUCCUGCUACCCUUUUUUUUGUAUUUACGACCUAGCUACAGUUUUUUUUUUGACCUGACCUCGAUUGUUUCAUCCUAUCAAAAAGUCGCAAAAGCAACGCAACCUUGCUUAGAAGUUCAGACCAGUUCUUUUAGAAAAGUUCCGUAGACAUCGACGUUUCUCGUUUCUGCACCGCACCACAAGGGUUGGGAUCAUGAAAAUUGCUAUGUCAUCGUUUCUGAACACGUUUCGCAUAUAGGAGCACCUGGGAAAGAACCUCCUAGCAAAGACCAAUCGUGAUGAUAGAAACAUGUUCUUGCCUCUGUGGCGGAACGCUAGAAGGUGAAGUGGAAAUGCAAUUCUCAAAUAUGAAGGGAAUGUCGACGGGCAUGCGGAAAUAACCCGAAGCAGUUUGUUCUACAUCUCGCG